CGCUCAACAGCGGUAGUUUAAUAAUCCUCUCAGCGGGAGCAGCAGCACCGAACGCCGGUGGAGGAUCGUGAUUUCUGCCGGUGUGAGUGCUCAGAGACCGGCAUGUCCGCGCAAAACCCGCUUCAGGUGGUCAACAUCCCCUGGAGGAACAACAACUUUAGCCUGAUGAGCCGCGAUCCGCCGCUGUCCGAUCAGGGGGAGACCAUCAUCGGUGUAUACCUGCUCAUACUCGGCUGGUUGUCGUGGUUUGGGAACAGUAUCGUGAUCUUCGUGCUCUUCAGGCAGCGCUCCACUCUUCAGCCCACUGAUUACCUGACUCUGAAUCUGGCUGUUUCUGACGCCAGCAUCUCGGUGUUCGGAUACUCGCGCGGCAUCUUGGAGAUCUUCAACAUCUUCAAGGACAGCGGCUACAUCAUCUCCUCUGUCUGGACGUGCCAGGUGGACGGGUUCUUCACGCUGGUGUUUGGUCUGAGCAGCAUCAACACACUGACGGUGAUCAGCAUCACACGCUUCAUCAAAGGCUGCCACCCUCAUAAAGCUCACUGCAUCACCAACUCCACUGUUGCGGUGUGUGUGGUCUUUAUUUGGAUCGGUGCGUUCUUCUGGUCGGCGGCGCCUGUUCUUGGAUGGGGAAGCUACACCGACCGCGGUUACGGCACGUGUGAGAUCGACUGGGUGAAGGCGAAUUACUCCACCAUCCACAAGUCCUACAUCAUCUCCAUCUUCAUCUUCUGCUUCCUGGUGCCGGUGCUGCUGAUGCUCUUCUGUUACAUCUCCAUCAUCAACACGGUGAAGAGAGGAAACGCCAUGAAUGCGGACGGAGACCUGAGCGACCGUCAGAGGAAGAUCGAGAGAGACGUCACCAUUGUGUCGAUCGUGAUCUGCACCGCCUUCAUCUUGGCCUGGUCCCCGUACGCUGUGGUCUCCAUGUGGUCCGCCUGGGGUUUCCACGUCCCCAACCUGACCAGCAUCUUCACGCGACUCUUCGCCAAGUCUGCUAGCUUCUACAACCCGCUCAUCUACUUCGGCCUGAGCUCCAAGUUCCGCAAGGAUGUGAGUGUGUUGCUGCCCUGCGGUCGUGAAGGCCGAGACCCGGUGCGUCUGAAGCGCUUCAAGCGUCUGCGGGGCCGAGCGGAGCCGCCCGGGGCCCCGGCGCACACACCGCACCCGCAGAUCGCACUCAAAAACUACAACAACCACAGCAAACCACACGCUGGCCCCGCCCACUGCACUGGACACGCCCCCAGCCCAGACUCAGGAGUGGGCAGUCAUCAUGAGACUCCGCCCCCUCAGCCCCGCCCACAGCUGUUCUUUAUUGACGUUCCAGAGCCGGAGGCGGAGUCAGAGUGUGUGCGGCUCUGAGAUGGUUGCACACAGAUGACCUGUUUUUACAAAUGUGAGUGGAUUGAACUUAAAGCAGUUCAGUCGUCCAACCCAAAAACUCAAGAACUGUUUCAGCUCAUUUUAAAUGUCAUGUUUUGAGUGUUUAAUGCUGUGUUCACACCAGACGCGGUACGCGCGGAUAAAUCAUGCUAUUUGCGCGUAGACGCCUGAACAGAUUGAGUUUACUCGCUUCAUUCACACGUCAAAUUCACUGAGCAAUAGACGAGCUUUCGCAUCAUGGCCAGGGCUACUAUCUGCUUGGAGAAGUUCAGAUUUUAACAACUCGAGCAAUUCGUGGGAAACGCUCAACUCGCGCCGCUUCAUUUGUGCGUAUCGCGCCGCAGGAUGUCUGUUCGCGUCUUUGCAUUGACUUAACGUAAAUCACUCGCGCUCGCCGCUUCUUCCGCGUCUGGUGUGAUCGCAGCAUAAUAAAGACGCUUUGUGCUUUUCCUGCAGUUUUUUGUUUUUCUCUUAAACACUGUUGGAGAUGUGUGAACAUAAACUGAUUUAUUUCUUUUAAAAAUAUUUUCUUUUAAAAAAGCUUUAAAUGUUCUGCCUUACGUUUUUCUUUCUUCAUUAAACCUGGUUUUUCUGCUCUGCCCAAUUUUAGUUUCAGGUAAAAUCCAGAUUUUUUCUCUUUUCACUUUUUAAUUUCAUAAAUUCUUUUUUUCUUAUUUUAAAUAUAGAAUUGACACUUUUUUUUAUUCAAAAAAAUUGUGUUUCCUCUAUAAAACACGUCUCUUUUCAUUGUCAAACAUCUUUUACUUUCUUUGUUCUUUAAAAUAGUUUUCUUUCUACAUUUUUCUUAAAAAAAAAAAAAAAA